GGGGGGGAGCGGGGGGCUGUGCGUAUAAAAGGUACGGCUCUGCGGCAUUUCCGAACUGGUGCAGUGCAAAGGCUUGCUCCGCGAGAGUGUGCAGAAAAAGGGGGAUUUGAAAUUACCUGCAAAGAAACAUCCAUUGAAAAUCUCAACAAAAAAAAAAGAUCUCCAUCAUGAACUACGAUGUCUACACCUCCCGUCGCCCUAGGGAUGACUACUGGGGCUCCCGCUCUGCGAAGCCCUCCGUCUCAUCCUCCCUGUACUCUAGCCACCGCUCUCUUUCCUCCACCAAAAGGUCCGUGAGGGUCACCUCCUGCUCCAUGAUGGACCUAGCUGAGAGGAUGGACCUGGCCCAGGUGAGCACGCUCAAUGCUGAGCUGCUGGGGCUGAGGGCCAAGGAGAAGGAGCAGCUUGUGGGUCUCAACGACCGAUUUGCCAUCUACAUAGAAAAGGUCCACCAACUAGAGCAGCAAAACAAAGUAUUGCUUCUCGAGCUGGAGGCCCUGCGCCAACGGCAGUGCGACCCCUCUCGCCUGCAGCUCCUCUAUGAGCAGGAAGUGCGUGGCCUGCGUACGCUGCUGGACACCGAGGCCAACGAGAAGAUGCGGAUGGAGGCCGAGCGUGACCACCUGCUGGACGUCCACGGGCAGCUUAAGGAGCGCUACGAAGAGGAGGUGCGUCUGCGCCUCGAGGCAGAAGAUGCCCUGGAGAGGGUGCGCGAGGAGGCCGGUCGUGCAGCCCUGGCUAACUCUGAUGCGGAGGCUAGCGUAGCAUCCCUGGCCGAGGAGAUCGCCUUCCUCAAGAAGGUGUUCACCGAGGAGCAUGCCGAGCUGACAGCUCAGGUGCGGGCAGCUGGCGUGACGGUGGAUGUGGAGAUGGCCCGGCCUGACCUUUCCGCCGCCUUGCGGGAGAUACGCACCCAGUAUGAAAAGCUGGCCAACAAGAACAUGCAAGCAGCAGAGGAAUGGUACCGCACCAAGUUUGCCAGCGUGGCGGAGAUGGCCAGCAAGAACGGCGAGGCGGUACGUUCCAUUCGAGAGGAGACCUCCGAGUACAGACGACUGCUGCAGUCCCGUUCCGCCGAGAUAGAGGCCCUACGGAACAUCAUCGACUCCCUCAACAAACAGCUGGAGGACCUGGAGGAGAGACAGGGCAAGGAGGUGGCCAAGUACCAGGAGAGGAUCAAUGAGCUGGAGAAGGACAUCACUGAUGCCAAGCAGGAGAUGGCCCGCUACCUGAGAGAAUACCAAGAUCUCCUGAAUGUCAAAAUGGCCCUUGACAUUGAAAUUGCUGCUUAUAGGAAGCUCCUGGAGGGAGAAGAGAUCCGGCUGAGUUUCCCCUCCCUGCCAGCUCUCACCUAAACGCAUCUGAACCCGAAGCCAGAACUGCCCUUGUUCCGAACAAGAGGUCCAUCAUAAACUCCCCCUUCUUCUCCACACACUUGGAUGCGAAAGGCUGAAAUGAGAAGGCACCACACAAGAUAGGGAGGGCACCGAGCAGCCGCUGCACCACGAUGGCGGGGACAUGAGAGCCAAGCCAACAUCGCAAUAUCCUUUUGGUAGGGCCUGUGUGUUUCAGCAAACUCCCAGUGUAAGGCUGAGAUUUGACACUACCCUAAUUGAGGCGCAAACAUUUGACCAAUUGUUUGCAAAGGUAGGUCAAAAUCUAACGGAAGCCAAUUGGCUGAUGUUUCGGUACAGCUUUUAUUACAUUUGUUAGAAGCUGGGGAGACCUUCACUGGACUUCGAUUCUACCAACAGGAUAUUGUCCUGCACAUCUGGUUCUGUUCUUUUAUUCUGCAAACCAGUGUUUAGUUCCAGUAAGUCUUUCAUUUAUGGAGUCAGUCUUUUUUGGCUUUUUUUCCCUCGAUAUUUGUAUUCACGUACUGCGUGCUUCGAGCGAGGAUAUGUAUUUGUUUUGGACCACUUUCCCAAAGUAACUAAGCGACUGAUCGCCACUAAUUUUGAUGGGAAAUUCAAAUUGUCUUCCAGCUUGAAAAUGUAGUUUCUUGCAAAAUGUGUCCCUCUGGUUAAAAAGAAAGUAAGAAAGUGAAAAGCUUUGCUGGACUAGAUUUCAGUAUCAAAUUGAACUUUCAACACCUCCUUUGGUUUUUCUUUUACCUAUUCAGUCCAUUUCUGCUCUGUACGUCCAUCAAACGCAAAUUAAAUGUUGACUAUCUUGAAACAGAAACAAAAAUAAAUAAAAAAAAGGAACAGUAUAACUGGGUACCCAAGCUUUAUCCUGUGUCGAUCUUAGAUCUGACUUAUGGUUUUAAAACAAGCAUAAUAACACUGUACGUGCCAGCAACUUGCUGAAUAAACAAAUACUGGUAAAGGCAUUACUCAGCA